AAGGGAAGCAUAUACAGAGUGAAGAGGAUUGGUCCAAGCACUGACCCUUGUGGAACUCCAUGUCUAACUUUUGUGUACAUGGAGGAGUAGUUGUUAACAUGUACAAACUGAAGCCUAUCAGAUAGAUAGGACUUAAACCAGGGGGCUUAACUUUACGACUCAGUGAUUGAAACUUUAUGUUUACUAUGUACGUCUUGCUAUCAAAAAUGAAUAAUACAAUGUUUCGCAGCUGACUUUAUUCUGAAAGGUGUGGCAGGAAGUUACACUGUGUGGGAGCGUCAAAGACUGGCAUAGGGAACGCCUUGAAUGCGGCUUUCGCUGUUAGGGUUUCGAGACUGAACGACAGAGUUCACACAGACUUAACGGUACCGGAGUCGCCAUUUAACCGCUCUGUUAGCAGUUUCUGCUGGGCACCUUUGUUUGAGGAAAUGGGGGUCAUGGCUAACCGCUCCCUGUGGGGUCUGUGUCUGCUGCUGGCGCUGCUGCUGCCGCUGGAAGUCCUGUCUGGGGAUUCCUUUGACCUGGCUGAUGCUCUGGAUGUGACCCCUGAACCAGAUCGACCAAUAUCAGGAGGAACAGGAGGAGAUCUUGAUAAGGAUGAUUUAUCUAAAGUCAGUGGCACUACCACCACCACCACCAAAGCCCCAUCCAAGGUUAUUCCUAAAGUCCCCACAGGUACCAAGGCCCCAGCCAACCCCAAACCCAAACCAGUUGAUAAUGGCUUUGACCUGGCUGAUGCCUUGGACCCCAACAAUGACAUUGGUGGCAAGGAGAAGAACAAGGGGCAAGGAGGUGGAUUUUCUGACAGUGAUCUGAUUGAUGUUAGUAAAGAUGAUACCUACAAACCCGACAGAGGAAAAGUCAGACAUCCAAGUGAUGACAGUGAUCAGAUUAACCAGUAUGAUGACAACAAUGAGACCACAGCAGAGGUGGGCACCAUUGCAGGGAUUGUUAGUGCAGUUGCCAUGGCACUGGUGGGUGCAAUCAGCAGUUACAUCUCCUAUCAGAAGAAGAAGCUGUGCUUCGGUAUACAACAGAGCCUCAACACUGACAUGGUGAAAGCUGAGAAUCCUGAAGCUGUGGUGGCUACAGAACCACAAGUCCAACAGACUCUCCUGGAGCCACCCAAUGCUGAGCCUCCCACUGAAGAGAAUGCUGUGUAAAACACACAUACACAAAUACACAACCUACAUGUCCACUUUCCUUACCCCCUAACCCCCCCACCCACACACACACUCACAGGCACACACAUGCACACACACACAAACACAGCCAUGCUACAGGGCAGACCGUCUAUUCUGUAGCAUGUGCAGCAUGUCCAUAUUGAUCAUGCAGCUCUGUGCUGCAGAAACUGGGAUUUGAAGUCCUUCUACGCUGAAUGUGAACACAGAUUUUUUUUUUAUUCUCUGCUGUAAACUUGGCCAACAUUGUAUUGAACCUUUCCAAAUAUAUGUGUACAUAGUAAUUUAUUGUUUACUCUUUGAAUACUAACAAUGUUGGUUGUGAGCUGGGGCAUCAGCUGUAACAUUUGCUGAGCUCCAGACUCAUCAAGUGAAAAAACUGGAAAGAACACAAAAACAUGUUGCAGAAUCCAGGAGGUCAGACUCUCCACAGCUGUGUAGAGAGUAUUAGUCUCCACAUUUCUGUUUCAAAGCCUUGUUGCAACUAUGAAAUCACUUGUGAAAUGUUGUGAUAAAAUGUGCAAAUGGCCAAUUAGUAGAUAAUGUAGUGAUACGUUGUCAAAAUAGACAGUUAUUACUCUGCAAGGGAAGUAACAUGUUGAACUAUAAAGCCCGUACUCAGACAACUUAACUCACAUCAUGUAAUAAUGAUACUAACAAUAUAAAUUUCACUUCACUAAAAUAAUGCUCCUUGUUACUAAAAGAUCAGAUCUUACUGAAGUUUUCUGAUAGUCUUAGUUACAAUUUAACCCACUCAGUACAUGUAUUGCUUUUUAAUGGGCUUCACAGUUACUUGAUUAAUUCAGUGAGCAAGGUACAUAUUCAUAGACCUGGGGUUACUGCAAGGUAACCACUGCUCACAUUAUUAAUUGCUCCAUGUUGCUCAUGUUGUCUGUCUUAAUGUACAAAGCUGCCUUAGUCAGAUUUGCUCUUUUUGCAGUGGGGAAAAAUAAGGCAUCUAGCUAAAUCAGUUCUGUAGUUUGAGCUUAAAAAUACACAUCUAUUUUGCCCUCUGUGAAUUUGAUGGGAUCCUCACAGUGAUGAUCUAUCAGAGCACUUUGCUCAAAAGAAGCAGACUGUGACAAGGUACGUGGAAAUAAAUGUGAAAUAUGACUUUUGUUGAGGAUACAACUGCUACAUAUUAGCUAUUAAUGUUUGACUGUGUUUUAUAGUGUUAGCAUUGAGGUGCCAGUGUGUGCAGAAUUGAAUAUUGACCUUUAUCCCAUGGUGGCCAUCAUUUCCAUCAUCACACAAGUGACAAAGACAACAAUUUAAAGAGUUUUCUUUAGAAGCAGUUGCAUCUUAUCCAAACAUAGGAGCUGCUGUUCUCUUGGUUGUAUCCCACUGGCCAGUCACUGUGCAGUGACUUACAGACUGAUUUGACUGAUUUUACCAUCAGAGAGAGCCUUUCAGAUGCUGUGAGAUGAUCUGAUGAGCUCAUUUGUCUGGAGCUUACAGAGGCCUACAAGGUUCCUUUGAACUCAGCCUCAUUAAAUGGCCACCAUGGGUAUAAGAUUUACAGGAGUGGAAAGAUGACAAGUGGUGACAGUGGUAGAAUGCCAGAUAAGGAAUGAAGGAUCAGUGAUGUAUGAAGUCAAACAGGAAUGUGAAUCAAUUUGCACUGCCACAGAGGCAACACUGGAAGAUAACAUGCAUUUAACAAAUAGGAUUCUGCUCUAGUUGUGUAGAUGAAGCAGCAGUAGUUUGCUUUAGGAUCUUGACUAGUGUCAUGAUGAGUUCUUUUAGGAAGGUGUACUGGUACAUAUUAUUGUGUGCAGUUCUGUGUUUGUACUGAUAGCAGUGUAUAAGAGCAUGUUUAUGCUCCAAAUUAGAUGAUACUCUUGUGUGUGUGUGUGUGUGUGUGUGUGUGUGUCUGCUGCUUGCCUGCUCUUUUUACAUUUUGUACUCAACUUGUUUUUUCCUAAUAGCGUCACUUUUUGUAACUGCUUCUUGAUGAGUGAGUUUGUGGUGUUCUGCAAACACUUUGUUUUCCUAAAGACUCCUGGAGUCUUGUGUGUUCCUGAACAAGAGAACUUUUAUCUGAAAGACCUGGGCUGCGACUGAAAUCAUUCACUGUUUUUUAUACUGUCUGUCAUUUUAUAGCACUACUCAAAAUCUUUAGUGAUAAUCAAUCAACCAUAUUAAGUGGAUUUAAAUGAUCCCACACUGCAAUUUAAGAUAAUGUUGCAUUCAUGUCAUGUGUGACAGAAGAUAGUGAAGGGAAAGAUUUACAGAUUGACAGUUUCCACCUUCUCAGAAAAUGAAAGGUGAUUGUGUCAUUGCAUCUGGUUGUUAGGGUUAAAAAUACUGUAGCACUCUGUUAGUUGAAAUUGCUUCUGCUUACCUUAAAUGAUGUUAGUAUGUUAGUGUUAGGAAUAACAAAGCAAGCACACUAAUGCACACAUGACAUGACGUUGGCUUUCACAGUAACUGCUAACUAGCUACCAUCAUGCACAGUUAAUGACCUGAGUAGUGUCUGAUAGUCAGUGUGUAUUUCCACAGAGGUGAAUGUGUGAAGGAUUUUGGAUUUUGGCCUCUGGCCUGAGAGACAGUUGUCUUUACAUUAUUUCAGAUACUGAGAGAGUAUGUGUUGUAUGAGCUGUAAAUAGUGUUGGUGGCUUUUAGAGUGUGUUACGUAUCUGAUACAAUACAGCAAUCCUACAUUAAUACCACACCCUGGUCUCCCCCAUGUUGCCUUGCAAAAGCAGCUGCUUGUACCCACAAUCCCUUUGUGUCACUCUCUCAGAGUCCUUGAACACUUGAGUCAGGCUUGGUAAUCCGAUGCUGUGCUCACAGGCCUGACUGCACAAAGACAGGCCUCUGUCUGUGGCAAAUAAACUACAGACAGUUGUUGGUCAAUGGCACACAGUUUAUCACUUUUAUUAUCAGCAGGACAAAUUCAUUAUGCGCUCAGAUUACAAAAUCAGACACCUGUGCUUUUUAGAGGAAUUUUUAAAACCUUUUAUAAGGAGCAGCAGGACUGCGAUUAAAAACAGUCAAACAACUCUUUACUUUUCUGUUGCUCAUGACCAUUUUACAUCAAGAUGUAAUCUUGACAGCCAUGACUAAAUACAGAGGUUUACUUUUUCUUAAAGCUGUCUAACAUGGUUUUUAUAGGAGUCAUGCAUGGAUAAGCUCUCUGCCCUGAGCUAUAACUGAAUUGGUGUUUCUCUCUUUGCCUUACACCCUGCACGGUCUCACAGGGACUCUGUGGUUUCAUCCAACAUCUAUGCCUGAUGUGCCUGAGCUCAGCAACACCCAGUGUUUUCACCUUUCUUGGGUGGCUUGGUAAUAACUCCCUUGGGUGCUACUGUUGUAUUGAGCUCAGGUUGCUCAUAUCUGAACUUCCCACAAAACACAUACAAACCUAACAAACAAACCUUUGUGCUUACUGAAUGUAUUAAAUAUGUGCCAUAGCAAAAACCUUUGGCUUGUAGCAAAAAUGCAAACUCACCAAAGAUGUAGCACGUAUUGAGCUUUACUUUGCCUCUGUGUAUUGAGGUUAAAUUAUCUGUUUGUAAGAACAAGGUCUUAAAAUAGUUAUGAAGAAAAAGGCUUGAAUCUGGGCUUGAAUGUGAAUAACACAGAAGUGCAACAUUUGAAUGAGUUUGAUGUUUAGAUGGAGGCUUAGAAUGCAGAGUGUCCUUCUUACAUCCAUUAAAACACAGCACAAUUACCUGUACAAUUAUCAUUUAGAUACAUAGUGUGUGAAUGACUCAGUUAUUAUUGGUAUUGUGGCUGUUGGCACCUGUGUAAGAUUUAAUGUGCACACCUGAAACACCUGUAAUACUGCUGUUUCCAGCUGGUUACACUGCAAAAACAGAAAGAAGCCAAAUAUUCUCAAAUAUAAUUAAACUGUCUUGUAUUGGAAAAAAAAGGUGGGGUUUGCUUGGCUGUUCUCAAAACUAGCAUAAAAGUCAAGCCAAGCAAGAGGAAGCAAGAGGGAGAGGGACAGAGAGAGAAAGACAACAAAAGCAAAGGAGAGAGAGUGGAUGACAUGCAGUAAAGGGCCGGGUCUGGAUUUGAACCAGGGCUGCUGGAGUGAAGUCUCAACCUUAAUGUUAUUGUCCAUUAUGGUCUUAUGGUUCAGUGGUUUGAUUUUGUUUUAAGAAUUCCAGCAAAGGUGGGGCAACACGGGCCACAACAUGGGUGCGUACCACAUGGGCCUUUGUGCCCUGCGCAGCUGGUCCCCGGUUUGACUCCCAAUCCAGCCAGACCUUUACUGCAUGUCAUUCCCCUACUCUCACUCCCGUUUCCUGUCUUCUUCACUGUUCUUUCAAUAAAGGCAAAAAGCCCAAACAAUAAUAUUGAAAAAAAUUCUAGCAAACCAAAUUACUCAAAGUCAUGUAUAUUCAUAAGAUUCUUAAAGGAAAACAAUCUUGUUCCUCUGCUCGAAUAUUACACAUGUAGCUUGUUACUGGUUAAACUGACAUCAAUACGAGCAGGGAUGUUAUUAAGACAAAGUUAUAUAUAUUUUCUUAAGAUGACAGGACUCUUCUAAUGCAAAACAGCUUGACAAGAUUACUUUCUACUAAAACAUAGGACUAAUUUUCCAGAAAUAAGGCUUUUUACUUUCUUGUAAUUCCAUGUUUGCAGUGUACUAGACUGACUUGAAAAAAUGAAUACUAGUACAAUUUAAUGCUGCCACAGCCCUGUCAUGUGUGGUCCAAGGCUGGACUGCCAACUAGCAAAAAGUAGCAGUUUUAUAUCCCAUGCCCUGUAGCAGCUUAACCCAGCUAGGGUCUUUGCCCAGUGUAAAUGAUUUGGUGUUUAGACAGUUGUAGACUCUGGUGGGGUAUUAUCCUUUUGGACUUUGGUCACGCCAGCCACCUGGCUGGAAAAGAUACUGUGAAUGUGUGCAUUAGGCUGGGAGACAGUUGGCAGGUGAAUGAAAGAUGGAUCUGUGGAAGCUCCAGUCACUGUUUGUCUCCAGUUAGGGAACAUAUGCAGGUGGGAAGUGUUUUACAAAGCCUGCAAAAAACAACAACAACAACAAAAAAAAAAACAAAAAAAAAACAAGGUUGUCAUGGCGAUAUAACUUGGCCUUUUAAAUGGAGCUCAUCAAGACACCAGUGUUUAUUUCAACCACAUAGAGAGCUUGAAGCAGCUUGAUCAUUUCAUAGAGAAAGGAGAGUACAGUCAUCUGGAAAUUUCUGGAAUCAAUUGGAAUAAUAUUAAAUAUUUAUAGUUUAUAAUCAAUAAUUUAUAAGUUAAUAUAUUGGAUUAUAGGAUUUCUAAUAAAAUCUUGCUUCUAAGAGCAGUAUUAGUCGCACCAAAAACAACAGGAUACCAGCAAAGCCCAUAGUGCAAAAAUAAAGGCAUAGGAUUGGUGUUAUUAUUAUUAUUAUUAUUAUUAUUGAUACUGUAAAUGUGCUUCUGAUGUGACACAACUAUUGGAGACUAACAUGAUGUUAGCCAGCUAAAAUGAUCCGGUCUAUUCUCAUCUAGCUAACCAAAUAGUUUUAGAUUUGUUAAUCUUGUUCAUUAAGUUAUAAAGACUUAGAAUGACAACAGGUUAGAAAGACCUGAAACCAUGCUUUGAUGUUAAAUGAUCAGCUGAGUAUUGAUCAUAUGAUUGGACUCAUGAUUGCCUGACAGUAAGUGUUCAUUCAAAGCUAAGGUUUGACCCUGCUACAUCUGUCACAUAGCAGAUUAAAGGAGGACAUUAAAUUGUAUGUCAAAUAUCUUUCUAUCCUGAAGACGUUCCACCUACUCAGGUUUUGGCAACAACAACAACAGUUCCAGAUAAAUUUUCUGACAGUUCUGAGAGACUGAAAUAUUCAGGCUUGUGUCAAAUCAUCAACAAUCAAACCAAGCUAGCUCCUUGUAGGAAGCACUGGACCCUGGACUGCUGUAAUCUUGACUUUAAGCCCGUCCAGGAUCAUGUUUUGUUUUUUGUUUUUUUUUUGAGGAUUGCAAGACUUCUAAACUGAAUGUUCCAAGUAAACUAGGCUAGCUGAUAAUAAACCUGGAUUAUUCUGUUAGUUCGCUUUGUAAAACAUUUCAUUGGUGUCCAAACUGGAAUCAGUAGUGUAUAUUAUAUGACAACUGUGCCUGGGUUCUUCUACAGUGAAGAUAGCUUGUGUGGAUGUUGUCUCAUGACACUGACUGCCUAUCAAAGAUGCUACCACUUUUGACUGUUCUCUCCCUCCAGUACACUCCAGUGCCUGCAAAGCAUUUCCUCUUAUUCUAGCACCUGUCACUGUGCCAAGCAAAGCCAGCCAAGAUCCUGCAACUUCACUUUUUGAGUCAGAAAUAGAUUCCACUGAAAACCAAGUCACAUCUUGUUCCCAGUUUAAGAAAUUAAAAAAAGGGAGACCAUCUAAAGGAUUAAUUAUGUGGCAUUUGAGGGAUGGCUUUGUAAGACUGCCUGUCAGGUACAACACAUACACACUUAUCCAGAACACACUUGAUGCAUGCUUUUCCCUUCAAUCUGUAUACACACUUACUUGUAGCUUAAAUAUGUUGAACUUUGUAUGUAUUUCUGUCAACUGUAUGUUGAACAGUCUUCAUUGCUUUAAGUGUAAUGGUGAGCUCUGCUUUCUCUCUUAUUCCACUAUGAUAACUCUCUGGCAAUAUGUUACCGGUAUGUGUUAGUAAUAUGAAACCAAUGAAAUAAACAGUUUGAAAAGACAAGAAAAAGA